AUGACACCUUUUCAGGAUUUAUAUGGAUACCUACCUCCACAUCUUGCAUUUCCUGUCAAUUCUAUUAUUUUAGUUGUUUCUGUUCAAGAGUAUCUCCAAGAGAGAAACCACAUGUUGCAGCUACUAAAAGAAGGCUUACUUAAGGCUCAGGAUAGGAUGAAAUUUUAUGCUGAUAACUCAAGAUGUGACAGAGCUUUCAAUGUGGGAGAUUUGGUUUUUCUAAAGUUACAACCAUACAAACAAUCAUCUAACCUUGAACUCUCAGCAAGAUAUUAUGGCCCCUUUGAAGUAAUACAGAAGGUUGUCACUGUUGCUUACAAGUUGAAGCUUACCGUUGGUUCCAGAAUUCAUCCUGUGUUUCAUGUUUCUCAAUUGAAGAAGACGAUUGGCCAACAUUUGACUCCUUCUGCAUCUCUGCCAUUGAUUGAUACGUUUGGUGCUUUCAUUGUUUUACCUGUUAUUGUCCUUGACCAUAGAGAAAGCUUAAGAGGAGGGACUGUAAUUCACCAGGUGCUUAUUUAG